AACAAAUAUGGCGGAACGCAAAUGCAAUGAAAAAUAAAAAAAAUUAACUUAUUCGCAAUUGCAAGCAAGCCCGAGAAGCGCAUAUAAUGUGCAAUUAAAACGCAUACCCGAAAUUAAAAGCGUUCUCGCAUGCACAUAUAUGUGCGUGUGUGUGUGUGUGCGUGCGUGUGUGUGAUUUCUAGCAAUGAGAUUUGCAAAAUCAACACAAAUACAAAUUUGUUAUUACGUGACCUCGAGAAAGCCGCUAAAAUUGAAAAAUAAAAAACAAAAUAUAAGCUGCAAAUGCAACAUCGUCCGCUGUUCCACUAAAAUGCCAACUGAUUAAGUGCGGCAGCAAGCAACAAAAAUUAACAACAGCAAGAAAAAAGCGUUGCACACAAAAUAAAUAAACAAGUCGAAAAAUGUCUGGCGGACGCGAUAGCAGCGCCAGCAGUGGUAGCAACAGCAACGGCAACAGUGCAACGACAACAACAACAACAACAACAACAACUGCAGCAGCAACAACAGCAGCAACCACAACGACGACUCCAACACAGCAGCGAGCUCGCGGUCGUCCAGCAAAGCGGGCAACUUGCACCUGGUGCGGCGAGGGCAAGUUGCCGCUGCAAUACGUGCUGCCAACGCAGACGGGCAAAAAGGAGUUCUGCUCGGAGACGUGCAUCGCGGAGUUCCGCAAGGCAUACAGCAAGGGGGCGUGCACACAGUGCGACAAUGUUAUUCGCGAGGGUGCGCCCAACAAGGAAUUCUGCUCGAUGCUGUGCAUGAACAAGCACCAGAAGAAGAACGGUUCCAUGCGACAACACAGCGCCUGCAACGCUGCCGGCGGCGGCGGCAACAACAGCAGCAGCAGCCACAGCACAACGGAUGGCGAACGCAAGCUGCUUGGCAGCGGUGCGCCGGCGCCAACGGGUCCCUUUCAAUAUGAGAGCUUCCAUGUCUUCGACUGGGAUGCGUACCUGGAGGAAACGGGCAGCGAUGCCGCACCGGCGGAAUGCUUUAAGCAGGCGUUAAAUCCGCCCAACAAUGAUUUCAAGAUUGGCAUGAAACUGGAGGCACUCGAUCCGCGAAACGUCACCUCCACCUGCAUUGCAACAGUGGUGGGCGUCCUUGGCUCCCGGUUGCGUCUCCGACUCGAUGGCAGCGAUUCACAGAAUGAUUUCUGGCGUCUGGUGGACUCAACGGAAAUCCAUGCGAUUGGACACUGUGAAAAGAAUGGGGGCAUGCUGCAGCCACCGCUGGGUUUCCGUAUGAAUGCCUCUAGUUGGCCUGGCUAUCUCUGUAAGAUACUCAACAAUGCCAUGGUUGCGCCCGAGGACAUCUUUCAACCGGAACCGCUAACGCCCGAGGUGAAUCUGUUUAAGGUCGGCCAGAAACUGGAGGCGGUGGACAAGAAGAAUCCGCAACUGAUUUGCUGUGCAACAGUUGAUGCCAUCAAGGAUGACCAGAUACAUGUCACUUUCGAUGGUUGGCGUGGCGCCUUCGACUACUGGUGCAAUUAUCGAUCACGUGACAUUUUCCCGGCGGGUUGGUGUGCGCGUAGCUGCCAUCCAAUGCAGCCGCCCGGCCACAAGUCGCGCAUGGACUCCAGCUCGGGAAAGCAGCGAUGUGCACGUCCCCGUUACACAGUUGUUGCCGAAUCGGAUGCCAUGGUGGCUGCCUCACCGGUUACGGCACAUUUUCACACCAAUUGCAAAGGCGGGCCGUUUAUCAACGGAUCCAAGCUGCCUUCGAUGGUGACGGGGCCAACGCAUCAAACCCUGGCCAAGCUCUGCCUGCAGGAGGUGCUCGCCGCCAGCACUGACACCCAGCAGCUGUCCAAGCUGCUCUUCGCCCUCGAGGGCGAUGUGCACAUUGUGACCGCGGCUGGCAAGAAUUUUACGGUCAAAAUCCCAUCGCCGUUGCGAAUGAAGGAUGACGAUAGUCUGGCGCAGUUUAUAGAGACGCUGUGCAUCACAUGCCGGGCAUGUGCGAAUCUCAUCUCGCUGCUGCCGGAGACCGAGGAGUGCAAGAAGUGUGCGCAGAGUCGCAAGCGACAAUUGUUGCAGACUGCAGCGACGCCGCCUUCGUCGCCCGUUCUGUCAGAGAAGCGCGCACGUCAAUCCAAAUCUGCCACGCCCACGCCCACAUCGCCGGCGGAGAAGCCGUUGAUUAUCAAGCAGGAGGCGGGCGUUAAGCCGCAGCCAGCAACACCAAAACCUAAAGAGGCACUAAAUCACAACAACAACAACAACAGCAGCAAUAACAAUAAUAACAGCAGCAGCAACAACAACAACAAUAGCAGCAGCAAUAAUGGCAACAGCUGUAAGCUGAACAUCAAAACGGAACCGAAUGGAGUCGCCUCCCCAAGUGUCACAAGCCAGGCGCAGGCGCUGCGCAAGGUGCGCUUUCAGCACCACAACAACAACAAUGGCAACAGCAGCCAGGACGCAAGCAGCAAUAAUCUGACUGCCAACAACAACAGUUCCGCCUCUUCCACCUCCUCCACGUCCAGCAGCAGCAGCAGUAACAGUAACAACAGCAGCAGCGGCGGCAUUCUCGCUGGCGGCACAUCAAAUGCCAAAUAUUUGGCGCCCCUUGUCGCCGAGGUGCAUCCGGAACAGAUGAGCGCUAAACCGCCGAGCAGCUAUUACAAAUCUCCGACAACAUUAUCUUCGAGCGCCUCGUUUCCCUCAUCGAUAUCCACGCCCUUUACCUCACAGUCCGCCUGCCCCGCAGCACCAGCUGCGAGUGCCGCCAAAGCGGCGACGGCGCCCGUUGCGGCAGCUGCAGCUGCAUCCAGCAGCUAUGCGAGCACAGCUAUCACUUCACCUCAGCACAGCACACUCACAUCGGCCUGUUCGCCGCUUCGGGCGCAACCCAUCGACUGGUCCAUCGAGGAGGUUAUCCAGUAUAUCGAGAGCAACGACAACUCACUGGCCGUGCAUGGCGAUCUCUUCCGGAAGCACGAAAUCGAUGGCAAGGCUUUGCUGUUACUCAACUCUGAUAUGAUGAUGAAAUAUAUGGGCCUGAAGCUGGGGCCAGCCUUAAAAAUAUGCAAUUUAGUGAAUAAGGUGAAUAACAAUGGACGACGUAAUAAUAUGGCUUUGUAAAUGGAGCAAUAUACGUCGAAAAGCAAUCGUAUAAGGGAAAUGGAUAUGGAACAAAGAAGUGUUAACAAAUUAGUACCUCCUUAUAAAGUAUAAAAGAAAACAGAUAACAGAUGAAACAGAAUACAGAUAUGCAUACAUGAUUUGUAAAUGAUGUAUGUGUUUGGGCAUUGGUUAAGGUGCCGCACAUCAACGUCAAUAUAACUUUAAUAUUUAAUUUCACAAUAACAUUCUAAUGCGAAUAAUGUUAAACAUGCGCGAUAAACAAAAAUAAACCAAAACAAAUGUCGAGCAAAAUCUUCAAAUUCCAAAAAAAUAACAAACAAAAAAAACUCAUAUUCGAAAUAUCAGUUUUUCUAGCAAGAAAAACGCGUAAAACAAACAAAAAAAAAAAACAAAAAUUACUUAUAGUGCAUAAGUAUAAUAUUUAUUACACACAAACGCACAUUAGGCACACCUCAACAAAAAAACAAAAA